UACUAUCCCAUAUAAAAGGUGGAUAAAAUAUAAAUAUCAUUAGAUAUCUCAACUCAUGGAAUAUGUUUGGUUAUAUAAUCUCGCAUACCAAACUAAUUGUGUUGCAUAAACUAAAACCUUGGAAACGUAUGCAUAUAAAAAUUUCUUCAGUACAAAAUCUUCUUUUCAAAUGGGUUUAUAGGGACUAACACCGACACCGUAUAUCAUGCAUAAACAGAGUCUAUAAAUAUCUUGUUAUCCUGCCUCAUUUUAUUAACCAAUUUUUUUUUUUUUUUUUUUUUGAAGAAUCUGAUAGAGGAAGAUGGAUACUGAGAAGAGACUCUAUGAAGCUGCAGUUGAAGGAGAUGUGAGAGCUUUACAAGAAUUACUUCAACAAGAUGCUUUGAUUCUUGAUAGACUGACCUUAACUUGCUUCAAUGAAACUCCUUUGCACAUAGCAGCGAUGCGCGGGCAUAUUGAGUUUGUGAGGUUAAUUCUUGCUCACAAUCCUCAUCUUGCUGCUGAAUUAGAUUCGCGAAAGUCAUCUGCUCUUCACUUAGCUUCAGCCAAAGGGCACCUGCAAAUUGUCAAGAUGUUGUUGGUGGUGAAUCCUGAAAUGUGCCUGGCUUGUGAUCGCGAUGCUCUAGGAACGACGAUCAAUGGAGAAAACGUCUUGCAUUUAUGUGUGAAGCAUAAUCAGCUGGAGGUUCUCAAGGUGCUAAUGGAGAUUGGAUGGGACCAUGAGUUCUUGAAUGCAAAGGAUGGUGAUGGCCACGCCAUUUUGCUUUUGGCUGUUGCUGAUAAGCAAAUUGAGACUGCCAAGUACUUACUAAAAAACAAUCAAAUAGAUGUGAAUGCAAUGGAUGCUAAUGGGAAUACAGCAUUAGAUAUUUUAGCACAGAGUCGGAGGGACAUGAAUGAUCUAUCCAUUGGAGAGUGUCUUAGAGAAGCUGGAGGCUUAAGGGCAAAGGAUAUUUCAGUAUCCAUCAUUCAAAAUAGUACCAAAAUUUCCAAUGACACUGGUGGAAAUAACCAUUCUCAAGUAUCUUCAACACCAGCAUAUUUAGGAGAAAAUCAGGCCAAAAAACCCCCAUCAAAAGGCGAUUGGCUUUCCAAGAAACGUGAAACAAUAAUGGUGGUGGCCUCACUUAUUGCAACUAUGGCAUUCCAAGCUGGAGUGAACCCUCCAGGAGGUGUUUGGCAAGAAAAUGGAAAAUUGAAUGAUCAGGGAAUACCCUCACAUAAAGCAGGGGAAGCAGUAAUGGCUUAUAAUCAUGCCAAAGCGUAUCGAUGUUUCCUUCGUGCCAACACCAUUGCCUUUGUCUCUUCUCUCAGCACAAUCUUGCUGUUGAUAAGUGGAUUGCCCUUCAGGCUCAGGCUUUUCAUGUGGGGUUUGAUGGCUAUCAUGUGGUUAACAGUAACCUCAGCAGCACUCACUUAUGGCAUAUCCAUUUACAUCCUCACACCUAAGAAGGACAGUGUAGCACUUGGUGAGGUCAUUGAAAUUGGAAUUACGGUAUGGUGUGGCUUAAUGGCACUACUUCUACUCGGAAACACAAUACGUUUGUUGCGUAUAUGGCAGAAAAAGAAGCAUGGGAUAAGAUCAUCAUCAUCACUAAAAUCUGCAAAUUCAAUUAAUUAUGUCAACGUUUGAUAUGUUUCAUUAAUAUAUAGGACUCAAGCCAUUACAAGAAGUAUUCAUGCUUAUUUUGGGUAUCUCAUUUCAUUGUCACAUGUUAAAAGAGUUCAAAAGCAUAGACAAGUCCAAACAAAAUAAUUGGUAUCCUUUCUCAGCUUUCGCCAUGUUAGCUUUCUAAUUGGGAAAAAAGAAAAAGCUAAUCAAACAGAGCUUCUUCCUAACUUCUUAGCUUCAUUGUGCAUAUAGUUAAUACAUUCACUUUGAAUACAUGGU